GCUCGAAAUCAGAUUAGAAAUUCUUUACUGUCUCGAUUUUCACGAGCAAGGAAUCGGGUUCCUGUGACCAUAAGUGAAAUGAAAAGGUUCAUUGCUGUGAUACUGAAUAUGGGUUUAAUCAGGAAACCCACCAUUCCGGAAUAUUGGAACAAGAGGCAUGAUAGCCAGUUGAGUCGAUGGUUCAUGAAAAUGUUCCCUAGAAACCGGUUCCAGCUUAUUCUGAAAUUUUUUCACAUUGUUGACAACAGGAAAAUCCCAAAGCGAAACAGUCCAAAUUACAGACCUGAUGGCAAAAUUCGACCACUCAUCGACCACUUCAGCCGUGUCGCCAAUUAUUUCUACACGCCGGACAGGAAUAUUUGUGUUGAUGAGUCAUUAAUUGGCACUAGAGGUCGAACCUCAAUGCUGCAAUACAUACCCUCUAAAGCUGCAAAGUUUGGUGUUAAGUUCUGGGUAUUGGCUGAAAGCGCUACUGGAUAUGUUGCUCACUUAAAAUGCUACUUGGGUAAAACCUUUACACCAACUUCAAAUAUGUUGCAAGGAACAGAAGUAGUAUUACAACUUUUAAAAAAUUGUAAUUUACUCCGGAAAGGUUACCAUGUUGUUUGCGACAGCUUUUUUGUAGUUUUGAUUUGGCAAGAAGGUUGAUUGACAUGGGUACAUAUUUGACAGGGACACUA